CUGGACACUAUGCGGCGGGCUGUACAGCGUCCCAGACUUGCUCAUGGGCCACCGCCUGCAGUAAUGAAAUCCUUUACUAUAAUGUCAACAAGACCCUGGACUGCGGGGCGGAAUCAAUGCAGUGCCAAACCAUGACCAUCUAUCAAUCGGAACCCUAUGCCACCCCAUCUGCCUACAACAUCUUCUGCGCGAAUUUCUGGUCGGCAAACACAAUCUACCGCGAACUGCCCGCCUCGACGACCACCUCGUCAGCAACCUCAGGUUCGACGCCCAGUGUAACCACCGCCUCGAUCACCUCAACUUUUCAGACCGCUUCCGCCACCCAAACCUCGACUGCCUCACCAACCGCAACCAACAGUCCUUCAUCUAAGAAGAGUCGUGCGUGGAUCGCUGGUGCAGUUAUCGGAGCAGUGGCGGGGGUGGUGGCCAUUAUAGCGGCGGCGAUCUUUUUCCUCCGCUACCGGGUCUCCAGACGCCCCGAAGCCGUUCAGUACGAAAAUGUCGCCCCUCGGCCGGUUUCCGAGCUGCCUUCCGAAGCCUAUACGGAAAUGGCACAUGAAUUGCCCCACGAGAACCCAGGCCCGUCCGCCUCGCGUGGGGGUGUAUAUGAGUUGAGUUGAUACAAAUAAUCUGGAAGCAGCGGAUCGGAUUCAGUGGUGUCGAGUUGAUGUGUUGCAAAUUGCAGGGCGGCAUUUACCCUUAUCACCUAAUAUAGAGCUUAGUUUCUAAUGACCACGAGCAAGAAAUGAAUACGAACACACUAACUUUUGUU